UCGUUUAAUUUACUUGGAUAUUGAGCAGUUUUCUUUUUCAUUUUUAUCAUAUCUUUAUAUUUAUAGUUACUAUAUGUGCUUAUAACAAAUAUGUAUGUAGCAUAAUCUCUAUUAACACUUCUAAAAAAUAAACGAAUUUUCUUAGAUCAUUUUAUAAAACUUUCAGAUUCCUAUAGCGUUUUUAUCUACAAAUAUAGCUUUUUUUUAAUUUUUCCUAUGGCCACACAACUAAUAAAAAUAAAUUACUGCGCGGAUUACAGCUUCAAAUACAUUCAUUAUGUUUCCAUGCCAACGUCUGCGCAGCAGUUUUCUUAAGGAUUUUUCUCAUGCUAUCAAAAUUUUCUAUUGACGAAAUGUGUGACUGAAGCGCGACUUUUGGCACUCAUCUUCUUUUAAUUUUCUAAUUAGAAAAAGUGUUUUUUGGCAUCCUUCAAUCCUUUCUCGCACUCUUUUUUGCUUAAUUAUCUUGAAAAUAUUAGAGAGGAAUGGCUAAAAAUUCUUAAAGCAGUUAAGCCGGAUUUGUAUGAAUUUUGAGAGAAUUCUUUUCUGUCCGGAAAAGCUUGUCCCCCAAGUUAUUAUUAUUUCUGUCAACAUGGCAGCCACUCAACUUUAUUACUUCCCAAGAUUAGUUUGCGUAACCAAUAAAUCCCUUUAUACUUUUAGUAAACAAAACUAUAUUUCUUUUUCGAUUAAAAUUAAGUAGUCUUGCUACUAAAAAAUUUAUGGAUAAUAAUUUUAAUGAAGGCAUAGUAGUUCUUCCUUAUUAUUUCUAUUUGUCGUCUUGAGGCAGGCAUUCAAAAAUUCAUUUUGAAUUUUUUAAAAUUUAAUUUUUUAGAUUUAUUGAAAGAAUUUUUAAUUGCUUCUAUUUUUAUUUUAGCCAGGCAAUUAUAAAUUUACAAUUAGUUUUUUUUCUUCCAUCUCUUUUUAUGUUUUGAAAGAGUGUGCCACAACAAUGGCCGCCCGUGAUGGAAGAAGCAGGCAAAAUUAUUUACAAGAACAUUCAAUUCCUCAACUUUUUGAGGGUUUAAUGACUGGACUUAUAUACAAUCAACCAAUCGAUCCUAUUCAAUUUCUGGAAAAUGCAAUAGCUAAACUUCGAAAAAAUCCAGAUCUUCCAUUAAAGUGGGAUACUUUCAUAAGUGUUUCGCCUCAACAACAACAGCAACAACAACAGACGAGAAUGAGUUCUGGAGAAAAUGCAAUUUCUUAUAAACAAAACACUCCGACUGAAGCUAAACCUCAAGUAACUACUGCUUCAAGUAUUAGAAACUCGGGCAAAAGAAGUCCUUCCUCAACUCGUAGCAAUAAAAAGAAUAGUGGACAAACUUCUGGCGUUUCAAAUAGCGGUGAUCAAAAUCGUCGCAGACAAAGUGGAGCAACCAAUUCAACAACUGAAAAAGCUUCUUCAUCUUCACGUCCAAAUUCUUUAGCUCAAGCAGCAAAUAAUGCUUUUAUUGCGCCUGAUGCACCUAUCAUUCUUUUUAUGGGUGGGCCUGGUGGUGGUAAAACUCGUUAUGCUACUCAACUUCAAGAUCAACUUAAAGAAGAAGGUCUUGUGCAUAUUUGUAUGCCUGAUUUGGUUAGAUCAGCUAUUUCUCGUUAUAAAGAUAAGCUUCCUGAAUGGAGAGCAGCUGCAGAAAAAGAUCAACGUGGAGAACUAAUCCCUAAUGAAUUGGCUCAACAAUUAGUGGUUGCUGAAAUGGGAAAGCAUACACAGGCGCGUGCCUUCUUCCUUGAGGGAUUUCCGAGAGAGGCUCACCAAGUGGAAGAAUUCGAAAAGAAUGUUCGUCCAGUUGAUAUGGCAUUAAUUCUUGAUUAUGAUGAAGAUGUAUUGCGUCGUCAUAUGCAGGCUCGAGGACUCCUUUCUGACGUUAUUGACCGCAGAAUAAACGAAUUUAAAGAAAAAACGCUUCCUACUGCCAAAUAUUUUGAUGAUCAACAAUUACUCCAUUUAAUCCCCGGAGAACGUUCAGAUUCUGUUAUAAUUGAAAGAAUGAAGAAAUUAACAUUACGGGCAAUACAUGCUGGUGUUGGAGGUUUAAUAACUAGUAGUAAUUCUGCAAGUUCUUCAGCAACGGGAGGUAUAUAUACGAGGGACGGUAUUGGAAGUAGAAAUAAAGAAGGAAGUGCUAAAUCUGUUUUGGGAACAGCAAUUUCUUCAGCUACAUCUAAAGAAGAUGUUAUACCAAAAAUUAUAAAUGGUGGUGAUGGAACUGAAAAUGCUAACCGAAUCCUCAACACUCCAAAAGUUAUUUCAGCUACUCCAAUAAUGCCAGCACCAACUCCCAUUUCAACACCUACUAACUCUGUUAUUCAACAACAUAAAGCUACAAAUAAUUCCAACCCUUCUACCCCUCAAAGACCUCCUUCUACUAGUUCAAAAGUUAAUGGCUCAAGGAAAUCUACUCCAGCCCCUGCUCCUCCAGGACCUCCUUCUUCCAUUUCUUCUUCACCUGUAAUAAAAAAUUCUGAUGAAUUGAAUGAUCCUUUCCCCAAAGGCCUUCCAUCAGAAGUACCUGUUAUUCUUAUAAUUGGAGCACCCGGUUCAAAUAAAUCAACUUUUGCUCAACGCAUUGCUCGAAAAUAUGAAGGUUUUGUACAAUUAAGUAUGGGUGAAUUGCUUAGACGCAAAGUCCUUGAAAAUAGAGAAGAUGCCCUUUGGUCCCGUGUUGGGAAGAAAAUGGAUGCUGGAGAAACAAUUCCACUUAGAAUUUGUCGAGAACUUCUCUAUACAACACUACACGAACGUGGAAAGAAUGCUUGGGGUUUUGUAUUGGAAGGGUAUCCUCGUAGUGUUGUUCAAGUGGAAGACGUUGAAGCACAGCUCGGCCGAAUUGAUUUGGCAAUUUUAAUAGAUUGCACUGAACCUUUUUGUAAUGAAUCCCUAAGACAACGUUAUCAAAGGGGAAAAGAAGAAGGCGCGGAAAGAGCAGAUGAUGAAGAAGGAAUUGUUCGUGUUCGUUUAGCGCUUUUUAAGCUCAACACGCUGCCAAUGUUGAAACAUUUAGAUGAUCAAGGAUUACUACGAGUGGUGAGCCUGCAACUGCACGAACACGAUCCAACAAAUUCUGAGCACCAGAGUGAAGGUGAUGCCGAUGAAGAAAGAGUAUUCCAAGAGAUUUGUGCCAUAAUCGACAACACUAUUUUUGUGCAUGAUGAUGGCAAUGGGAUGAGCUUAGAAUCCAGUCAAAGGAAUUCGUCAGAUAAAGUAUGAGAGAACAAGCCGGUCUACAUAAAUAGAGAAAAGUAUUCAAUAUUUUUAUAAGCAAAUAAUUGUAAUUAUUUUUGAAAAUAUUUUUUAAUAAAAUAAUAUUCUGA